ACAUCCACAAAAUCAAGACUCAUAAAUACUUCAUCUUUCUCUACGCCAAAAAGUAGAAAAAGAUGGCGAGCUCACUUCUAAGCUCGUCGCCAUUGUCGUCAUCUUUCUUACAUGUUCCUCGGAAGUUGCUUGUUCAUGGCCAUUGUCCGAGCCAAACAACUCUCUGGUUCUCUCGGAAACAAUCGUCCCUCUGUGUUCGCGCUGCAACACUCCCUCAAGGGAUGAUAGUGCCAAAGAAGGAACCCAAAUUCAAACCAGCGUUUCUGGGAUUUACAUACACAGCUGAGAUAUGGAACUCCAGAGCUUGUAUGAUUGGUCUCAUCGGAUCCUUCAUUGUUGAGCUGAUUCUGAACAAAGGAAUACUUCAGUUGAUUGGUGUUGAUGUUGGAAAAGGGCUUGAUCUUCCUCUCUGAUUCGGAUCUUCUUCUUCGUCUUCCAAUCUGGUCAUAACAAUUUCACAAAACCCUUUUGGCUUUUUUUUCUUAUGAUAUAAAGAGCUUACAGCUAUAAUUCUGCAUAGAAACAAACACAUAUAUUGAGAACUAGGUGUCUGAUUCUGAUAACAAAAUAUGAAAGCCUUUAAUUAUCUUACAAUGAGGUCUUUUCACCU